CUGAGGUCAUGUGAUUCCUCUUUUUUUUUUUCUUCUUCUCCUCUGAAGUUGAAAAGCAGGAGCAGAGCGGUGGAGGGGCCCAGUUCGUCUUCCUGCUGACCGUGGAUGCAUCAGCGUCGUCUUUUUCCUUUCCACACACUGUUGUUUGUGUCACUCGUGUGAUAUUUUUUUUCUCUGUGUGUUUUUUCCUCCAGCCUUUGAUUCACGAUGGCGGGGGCUAUCAUUGAGAAUAUGAGCACCAAAAAGUUGGUGAUAAUGGGAGUUACUCUUCUUUUGUUUCAGGCGUUAGCCUUCAUGGUCGGCGGUUUAAUUGCUCCCAGCCCCACUACAGCAGUCCACUACUUGGCCACCAAAUGUGUGGACAAAAUCAAGCACCAAGAGGAAUCAAAAUGGUUCAUGCCUUGGGGUCAUGACCAAUGUGAGAAGAUCAGGACCUUUGAUGAGGCUGUGGCCAAAAGGAUUGAAGCCAACAACAUUGUGUUUGCCAUUCACAUCCCUCUGCCCCAGAAGGAGAUGAGCCCCUGGUUCCAGUUUAUGCUGGUUAUCCUGCAGUUUGACAUUGCCUUUAAGAUGUACAACCAGAUAGACGAUGGCGCGAUGGCCAGUCUCGACGUGCGUCUGGCUUACAGAGACGACACAGUGAGUGACUGGACGGAGAUGGCUCACUCCUUUGAACUGAGGAAACUUAGCUGCAACUUUACCACUAUCAAGAACUUUGAGAAUGAGGGACGUUACUACGAGUGUGACCUGCUGCCCUUCAUGGAGAUUGGCAGUGUGGCCCACAAGUACUACCUUCUCAACAUCCGCUUGCCUGUCAAUGAGCGCAGGAAGGUUAACGUUGGGAUCGGUGAAAUCAAAGACAUUCGCCUUGUUAGCAUCCACCAGAACGGAGGCUUUACAAAGGUUUGGUUUGCAAUGAAGACAUUCCUCACACCCAGCAUCCUCAUUAUCAUGAUAUGGUACUGGAGACGCAUCAUGCUCAUGAGCAGACCUCCUGUGCUGCUGGAGAAGGUUAUUCUUGCACUGGGAAUUUCGAUGACGUUCAUCAACAUUCCAGUGGAGUGGUUCUCUAUUGGCUUCAACUGGACCUGGAUGCUGCUUUUCGGAGACAUCAGGCAGGGUAUCUUCUACUCCAUGCUGCUCUCCUUCUGGAUCAUUUUCUGUGGGGAGCACCUCAUGGACCAGACGGAGAGAAACCGUUUCUCCGUUUACUGGAAGCAGGUGGGACCCAUCGUCUUUGGCUCCUUCUGCCUUUUUAUCUUUGACAUGUGUGAGAGAGGUGUCCAGCUGACGAACCCUUUCUACAGUAUCUGGGCAUCUGAUGUAGGAACUGAACUGGCUAUGGCAUUCAUAAUUGUGGCAGGGAUUUGUGCCUGUCUCUACUUCCUCUUCCUCUGCUUCAUGGUUUUCCAAGUCUUCCGGAAUAUCAGUGGAAAGAGGACGUCCCUGCCUGCCAUGUCCAAGGCAAGACGGUUGCACUAUGAGGGUCUGAUUUUCAGGUUCAAGUUCCUCAUGUUGGUCACACUGACCUGUGCUGCCAUGACGGUCAUCUUCUUCAUCAUCAGUCAGGUGAAUGAGGGUCACUGGCACUGGGGAGAGCACACGGUGCAGGUGAACAGUGCCUUCUUCACUGGUAUCUACGGCAUGUGGAAUCUGUACGUGUUUGCCAUCAUGUUCCUCUACGCGCCUUCUCACAAACGCUAUGGCGAUGAGCGGUCAAGUGGUCAGUGCAUCACCGGAGAUGCUGGAGCAAACAGUGGGGAAGACAUCCAGCUGACUACAACCAUCACUCACGUCGAUGGUCCCACUGAAAUCUACAAGCUCACUGGCAAAGAGGCCCAUGAAUAGAUUUCGCAGGUUAUUGAGACUCUCCUCCAUUACCUACUGAUCCCCUCCCUUAUAUUUAAUCCAAGGGGCUUUUCUCUUUACAUUGUCUGGCACUGAAAUGGCAACUGUCCACCGUGCAUGUAUUCACCAGUUCCACUUUUUUUUUCUACCCCUCCUCCUAACACCAGACCCUCAGGUGUAUGACUUGAUACGUUUCACCCUCCUCCUAAAUUCCCUUUUGUAUCUCUACAGUCUAAAUAUAAUCAACACUCAAAUUUGUCCUUUUCAUUUCAUGGUGGAUUUCGUCCCCCCUCAUUUCAUACUUUAUGUAAAAUAUGUCGUAUUUAUAAAUGUUGCACAAUGCUUUUGACACCAAGUCAGGUACUGAAAAGCUGCUUUAUGAACAGAUUCGAGUGUCAAGAAAACGUUCUGCGGAGGUCCCACUUGUGUUUUCAGGAACAGUGUGCUUAAACUGACUGGUUUAUAAAGACCUGUGCUUCUGACCAAGAUGGACAAUGGAAAGUUUGUGGAUAUUAUUCAUCCACUCCUUUUGAUUUUCUGCUUUUAUUACUUGUUCUCUUUUCAGAAAAGGCAUUUAAAGCCCAACACACAUACACUCUUCCAUAGAAAGUAGAUGACCUGGAGUGCUGCUGUCGAUCUUAGUUUUGCAAGUGGGCUUUCUUUAUUCUUUUUUAUAAGUCAUUGGGGGAAAUGUACAGACCACAUAGCCACUUUGGGUCAUGCGUACUGUACGUUCAUUAUGUUACAAUGUAGAUAUCUAUUUUUUAUAAAGUGCUUAUUUUCAACCUCACACAAUAUAUGCAUCAAGCUCUACCAAUGUUUUAGAAAUUGACUGUAGCCUAUUACACACUGUUCUUAGUUCUGUUUUGCUUACUAUGCUAAUUUAAAUAAAAAAAAAACUUUUACUUAA